AUGCGCAUUACCAAAACUCUUAUUUCUUAUCUAAAUUUCAUCAAACUUGGGUUAUCAUAUUUCAAAGGAUUUUCUGUACAUAUUGAUAAUGAAUUAUGUUAUCAACAUACUGGUAAUUCAAACCCUACUAAUGAAUUCUCAAUAGAAUGUAGUAGAACUAUAACUGGUCGUUAUGUUAAUAUCAGUAAUAUUAGACCUGGUGAGAUUUAUCAUCAUUUCAGUUUAUGUGAAGUGGAAAUCUAUGUUUGUUCACGAGGAACGUAUGGUUCAGAAUGUAAUAAUUUCUGUCAUUGUUCUAACUAUGAUAAAUGUGAUGUUAAAACUGGUCAAUGUCCUAAUGGUUGUCAGAUAGGAUGGGAUGGUGAUAGCUGUAAUACAAAAUGUGAAGGAAGUUAUGGUGAGAAUUGUAAUAAACAAUGUUCAGAUAGAAACUGUCUAGAUCAAUCAUCUUGUAAUAAUAUAGAUGGUAAAUGUAUUGGUGAAUGUCAGGCUGGUUAUAGAUCAAUCGACUGUACACAACCUGAUGAAAGGAAAUUAAGUAGUUUGGAAUCUGGAGUUAUAGGAACAGUAAUUGGUAUUUUAGUUGGUUUUCUAAUAGGAGUUCUUGUUGAUCGGUGUUGGGUAACGAGGCUUUUAGCUUUUAAACGCCGUUAA